AAGGUGGGGUCCGGGAGUCUUCGGGCAUGGUCAACGCGAGGAGCGGGCCGAUGGACGCGCACCUGGACUCCAUGCCGUACGCCCACCUGUCCACGGUGUUUGAGCAGCAGCAGCAGCCAUCCUCGUUCGCACAGCCUUCCCAGAUGGUGGACUCUAGUGUGUGGGCGAGUCCGCCCCCCCAGGUGCCAGCCUCUCCUGGACCCGGCUACGACUUCGUGCCGGCCCCUUCGUUCGCCUACGCAGUAGCCACUUCGCCGGAUCACAACAUGAUGGCAGACGCCUCGGCGGCAAACAACGGCGUAACCGACACCUCCGGUGCCACCAUGGCCAUGUCUCCCAUGAGCGCGUCGUCGUACCAGGCCAUGCCCUACACGAGCAUGAUGCUGCCGUUCGAGCCGCCAUCGCCGACGGUGAACCUGCAGGUGCCGCGCUCUGCCGACCCCGAUGGCAGCGAUCUUCCCAGCGAUGCCUCGACGUUGCGUUUCUUCUACAACAUUGGCUGGGACCACUUCCGGAUGUACGCGACCCAGUCGUUCAUGUACUCUCCGAUGCACGGCUACAACGGCAACUUCAGCUUCACGCUGUUCCCCUACAUCGCCGACCCCAACGCCAUGCUUCCCGACAUCCAGUGCAGCAUGCCGGAAGGGCCGGCCACAAGCACUGCUGACACGGCACCCAACGAUGGAACACCGGCAGCAUCGAAUGCCUUUGCCGCUGCCGAAGUGGCAGUGCAGAACGGACAUCCGAACCCGCCUUUGCCGGGCACUCAGCAACGGCAAACGUCCGGCUGCGCCUCUGCCCCUGCCAGCGUAAACGCCGCGCAGUCCCAGAACUAGUCAACGAUACCUUGACGGUGCCCACAAAGCACAGACUGCGUUUAAAACGGAUUGUUUCCGAUGUGCACUGCAGCUUCGUAAAGCCGACCUUGACGUGUCCAUUUUCAGACGUGUUACCCUUGCGGUCACUGGUUUUUACAAAGUUCCGUUUGCAGUGCCUUAGUGCCUUUGGUAUACCUAUUGCAUUUAUACUUUCUUUUCUUUUUUGACUUUUUUUUUGUUCUAGUCGCGUACUGUAAGCUGGAGAAGUGUUUUGGACAUUCUUUUCUUCAGUAGUCUUCCUUCCUAGUCAUUUUUAGUUUUCCUUGUUUCGUCAAAGGUCGAGCUUUCUCAACCAAUGGCAUCUCAUUUUUACUUGUCACUCUUCUGUCGUUUUUUUGCCACUCACAUUCCUUUUUGUUCUCAGUUGUGAUCCAGUUUUCUGGCUAAAGAUGACUGGCGAGCAUCAUGCAGAGACUUGGCUAUGUGUCUGGUGCUUUUUCUGAAAACUCAUUUUCUCUAGUUUGCUCGCUUUCCUGCCUUGCCGGAGAAGCUUGUAGUCUUCUUCAUGUCGAUGCGGGUCGAGUCAUCUGUGUUUGCCGCAAGUGUCGGUGCAAUCUCCAGUUAUAUACAACCACACAAAUUGUUAUCCUAUACUUCGUUUCACCUUAGGUCCGAGCGCAGCGGGCACUGCGUGAUAGCAGGGCCAAUUAAGCAGCGACGAAGGUGCAACGUCACGGAGUAUAUCGUUGGGAGAUCCAAUCAGGUGCAAAAAAUGCAUCUUGACAUUGCGCUUCUGACGCUGCUUGAUUGGACCUGUCCUCAUAAUGUCCGCUUCGCUCAGACUUAAAGCGAAACAAAGUAUAGUGAAUUUUCUUUCAAUCUCGUUUGGAGUUACUCUCGCUUAAACAGUGAUGCUCAAGUGUUGCGUUGACGCAGUCAUGUCACAAACACAUUUUAAUUUAUAGAUUUUAUUUAUACUUGCUCUUCUAAGCGAGAAGAACAAUCAUGCUAUAAGGUUGUUUCAAUGACCUGUAUAUAACAUGAAGGCCCUCGAAAAUUCCUAGAAUGUUGUUGGUUGAUAAAAAAAAAAAAGAAGCUUUCCGAGAACAAACUGUCAGCCACGGGAACCGUCAAUGAUUGCAAAAGGUAUACAUAUUAGCUAAAUAGUUAACUUAAAUUUCAUUAUCUUUUUAAUUAGUGAAAAUAAAGAUGCAAUUCCAAUGAGAAACUUGCUAAGCAUCAUCAAAAAUCACUAGAUCAGCUAAUUUUGGAAAGAUCAUGUAGAUUUUUGGAAGAGGCAGGCACAGCAUUUUAUAGCGUUCCAUAGAAACGCUCAAUUUGGAUGCCUUUGUAGGUUUCGGUUUCCUCUCCGAGCGCACCUUUGCACCUGCUGUCCCACUCCCCAAUGGCCGGGGUGCAUAACACACUUGCGGGGAGUAGGGCCACUAACACACCGGGGAGUAGGACCACUAGACCACUGGCGCAAAAAUGUGCCCCCCCCCCCCCCCCCCCCCCCCCAAAAAAAAAAAAAAAAGUUUGUUUAAAAUAAGCUUUUUUUUUUUUAGUUUGUAAAAUGCUAUUUUUGUGCCCUAUGUCCCUCUAAAAUUAGUUCAUGUGGUAGUUUUUGAAGUUGCUUAACAAGUUUCUUAUUUGAGACAUAUGUUUAUUUUCACAAAUUAAAAACUUGUUUAUUACAUUUUAGUUAAUUUAUUAGCCGAUUAGUAUACGCUUUUUGCAAUCCUCGAUGUCCACCGUGGCUGGCAGUUUUUUUUUGUCAACCACACUAAUUAUAGGGAUUUUUGAAAAUCUCUACUUAAACACUCAAUAUAUUCUUUUUUUUUUUUUUCUGGUGCAAUAUUUUUUUUUGUGUGAAGUCUCUAGUCGAGAACUUUGUUAUUUAUUGCUUGUGGUGAUGUUCAAGCUGAGCGUUGUCAUAUAAAGUUAGCCCAAAGAAGAAAAAAAAAAAAAAAGUUUGUUUUGAGUAGCACACAAGGAUGUCUGACAAAUUGUACUUGAAAAGGGCGUGUCAUUUGUAGGGCGGUGCUCGGUAUUUAUAAAGGCUCGUUGCAUGCCUUUGGGUUUGUCAAUGGCUGGCACCAUUUUUGACAAAUAAAGCCAGUUCACCAACUUUCAA